CUCAGGCUCAGCCCGACCAUCACUCCUGACCGGUUCCGAGUUUGGGGACCGCCUUCCGACCGUCGCAGCCUUAUAAGCUGCGCCUCUCCUAGUCUAGGCGCGAGGCCGCCUCGCAACUCUCCUCUCCUCCAUACACCUCGCAAACAUGGGUAGCGUCGAACGGGUCGUCUUUCUGUCCCUGGUACUGGACCUCUUUGCGUUCACCAUCCCGCUACCACUCUUUCCCCGGAUCAUCGAGUGGUUUACCAAGCGCGAAUCCUCUGACCCAAGCGGCUUCCUGUCCCAAACGCUUUCGCUGGUCUCUUCAACAAGAGCACUAGUGUAUACACCCACGUCAAAUCCACAACGAUGGGAUAUUGUACUCCUAGGAGGCCUCAUGGGCUCGGUCUUCUCGGCUCUGCAAUGGUUCAUCUCUCCACGAAUCGGAGCAUUGAGCGACAAGUACGGCCGGAAACGGGUCCUCCUGGUAACGAUGAUCGGAAACAUUCUCUCUGGCUUGGUAUGGCUGAAGUCCACAACAUUCGCGACGUACAUGCUCUCGCGAAUUAUUGGCGGGCUUAGCGAGGGUAAUGUGCAACUGGCCAUUGCUAUUCUUUCCGACGUAACAACACCCGAGAACCGCGCUAAGGCUCUCGCCCACGUAGGCAUUGCCUUCGCCAUCUGCUUCAUCAUCGGGCCACCCAUCGGAGCGUACUUCGCGUCGCGCCCCCUCCCCGCAUCGAUCACCGCCUCCGGGAUCGAAUUUAACGUAUACGCCGUGCCCGCAUUGAUUACCGUGGUACUCCUCACUCUCGAGACGAUCUUCCUGGUCGUUGCGUUACCGGAGACACGGGGAAAGCGUGCACAACCUGCCCCAGCCAAGGCGGCCACGAAUGGUCACGCAAAUGGCACCGCGAAUGGAAAGAUCAAUGGCGCGGCCCAGCAGACGUCGAGGCAGGCAACCGUCGCGGAGCGCAUCUCGAUGCUCAAGACGCUGCAAAACCUGCACUUCCUGUUCCUCGGCGUGUUCUCUGGUGUGGAGUUUACUCUCACCUUCUUGACCUUCGAUUUGCUUGACUGGAACAACAAGCAGAACGGCGCUCUCAUUGGCUCCAUCGGAAUUAUCAGCGCCCUCCUCCAGGGAGGCUACGUUCGCCGCGCCCUCGCGAAGGUCGGAGAAGGAAACAUGGCCCGUCGCGGUAUCACCAGUUGCGCCCUGGGACUCGUCUUCCUCUCCAUCCUACCGCACAUGGUCGCGAGCUAUCCGACUAUCACCAUGCGCCUUCUCCAGGCCGCGGCGGUGUGCAUGGCGAUGACAUCGGCAACCGUCGUAAAUUCCCUCACGGCAUACGCAUCGCUUCAGUGCGACGACGUAUCCGUCGACCCGGACACCGGGAAGACCGUUGAGGAGCACCCUGACCUUGCUAAAGGCAAGGCAUUGGGCAAGUUCCGUUCCUCUGGCCAACUCGGCCGCGCGAUCGGGCCUCUGCUAGCCUGCGCAUCCUACUGGACCUUCGGGCCCUCACUAACGUACGCGGUCAGCGCAGUGGCCAUGUAUGCGCUCUCGGGGAAGAUAAAGUCUAUCACGAAGCGGCGGACUGUGACUGCGAGCAAAGUAGAGUAAACUAAUGAAUCCCGCACGCAUCGUACCCACUUUAUCUACAUUGUACUACACUCGGGAGCAUCUAAUUUAACGCAUACACUUAUCCAUC